AGAAAUUUGUUUCCUUGUUCCUCUAUUAGGCACGCAUAACCAUUAAUUGCAAGUUUAUUUAUCCAAACAUAUCAUCCAUGAUAGCUCACUCAUUUGGUAUCAAAGCAACUUUAUUGUACAGCUGAAUUUGAAUUUUUAACAUUAAAUAGACUAUAAUAACAUAGUCAUGCCAGUGCUAGCGACUGGAGGUGCUCCAAUUUACAAUUCCUUGAAAGCCAUCCGUUUGAUGAGACAUGGAUGUGCUAACAGGCCAUUUUAUCACAUCGUCAUCAUGGGUUCACGGCGUUCAAACAAAGGCACAUACCCUGUUAUAGAACAGCUUGGCACCUAUGAUCCCCUCACCAAUGUUCAUGGCGAGAAGCUCGUAUCAGUCAACUUGGAUCGCAUAAGCUAUUGGAUGGCACAGGAUAAAGUCAAAAUUGCCGUCGGCGUAAAACAAUUAUUGGGUUUAAUGGGCUUCCUGCAUAUUCAUCCGCAAAGUUACAUCACUGCUUGGAGAGUUCGAGCAAUAGCCAAGAGGGAAGCUUUGUCAAAGCAACAAGCGGAAGAUCAAGAAGCCAGUAUGGGUUGAAUCAUCUCUACCCUCUACGUCCUUUGUUAAUAAUUUUUAAAUAUAACGUUUUUUGUU